AUGACCAUCCAAGCAGCUGAAUUUGAUCCAGAAGUCCCAGUAGACACUUAUGAACCAAGGGAAACUCCCAAAGUUGCAUCGCCAUGGAAAAAUACCUUGAUUGCAGUUUUGGGGGAAUUUUUUGGUACUUUUAUCUUCUUAUGGACUGCUUUUGUAAUUGCCCAAAUUGCUAACCAGGAUCCAACAGUUAAAGAAGUUGGCACCGGUUCCGUUCCACCUCAAUUAAUUAUGAUUUCAUUUGGUUUUGGUUUUGGUGUUAUGGUUGGUGUAUUCAUGUUUUUCAGAGUUAGUGGUGGUAACUUGAAUCCUUGUGUUACUCUUUCUUUGGUUUUAGCCGGUGCUAUUCCUCCACUUAGAGGAUUAUGUAUGGCUGUUUCUCAAAUGAUUGCUGGUAUGGCUGCUGCUGGUGCUGCUUCUGCAAUGACUCCCGGUCCAAUUGCUUUUACUAAUGGUUUAUCUAAUUGUUCAAGAUCAAGAGGGGUCUUUUUAGAAGCUUUUGCUACUUGUAUCUUGUGCUUAACUGUUUUAUUAUUGGCUGUUGAAAAACACCGUGCUACUUUUAUGGCUCCUUUUGUUAUUGGUAUUGCAUUAUUCUUGGGCCAUUUGAUUUGUGUUUUCUACACUGGUGCCGGUUUAAACCCAGCAAGAACUUUUGGUCCUUGUAUUGCUGCUAGAUCUUUCCCUGACUAUCACUGGAUUUAUUGGGUUGGUCCAAUUUUAGGUUCCGUUAUGGCCUUUGCCAUUUGGAAAUUAUUCAAGUUUUUGAACUACGAAACUUGUAAUCCUGGCCAAGAUGCUGACUCUUAGUUGCAUUUCUUUAAUUCUUUACAUAGUUAAUAUAUCAACCUCGUAUAUAUCGUAAACCC